AUGAAGAUGAGCCGUCUCUGCUUCUCCAUAGCCCUUCUGGUCCUCCUGGGCACCCUGGUGGCUGGCAUUCCAGGGUGGGACACCAGCAACCAGGCCAAAGCCCAACGGCCUGACUUCUGCCUACAGCCUCCGUAUACGGGUCCGUGCAAGGCCAGAAUGAUCAGAUACUUCUACAAUGCCAGGUCCAGGUUCUGCAAGACCUUUAUAUAUGGUGGCUGCAAGGCUAAGAGUAACAAUUUCAAGAGUGAGGAGGACUGCAUGAGGACCUGUGGUGGUGAUAUUGGGCCUUGGGAGAACCUGCGAACUGUGCUCCCCUGAGAUGCUGAAGUAUGAGGAGGACCCACCCAAGGCUGGCCUCUAGCUACUUCUGAAAAAUUUCAGCCUCCUUUUCUUUCUUCUCAACCCUCCCC